AUGUCCGCGGCCGGCGCAGCGGAGCAUCCGCCAUGCGUGCUGCUGCGCAACUGCACCAUCGUGCAGGCGGGCGGCGCGGGGAUCGUUGCUGACGUGGAUGUGCACGCGGCGCAGCACGUGCUGGUUCAGGGCAAGCGAAUCGUGUUCGUCGGCGACGCCCAUGACGCGCUGCCAUCCGACCUGCUCGCGUCGUUGACGGCGUCGCGACCGCCCGUGGUGAGCCCCCCUCCCUGCCGCGCCCCCUCCCUGCACGCGCAUGCUACCGUUACAGCCCCAGUAGGAGUGCCUCACCUGCACGGUGCUUCCCCCGUGCACCCUUCCCCUCCCUCCCUUCCGCCCCUCCCCAUGCGCCCUUCCCUCUGGCCCUCCUCUAGCGGCUUUCCUGACCGCCGUGUGCCGCGCCUCCUCAGCCGCCCCGCCCCCGCCGCUUCUGCCGCACCUCCCUCCCUGUCGCGCCUGCGCCGCACGCGUGCCUGCCAGCGCUGCAGCCCCAGCGGCUGCGCCUCACAUGCCCUCUCGCUUCUUCCCCCCAUGCACGCCUCUCCUCCUUCCGCUCUUUCCACCCAUGGCAGGAGAUCAACCUGGCGGGGCGCUACCUCCUCCUUGGGCUGUGCGACGCGCACGUGCACGUCACAGCAGCAGCUUCCGCAGAUCCACCCCUCCCCUCCUUCCCCCAAGCGCCUGUGCCUCCCCCCUCCUUGCCAGGAAAUCGACCUAGCAGGCCGCUUUCUCCUCCCCGGCCUGUGCGAUGCGCACGUGCAUGUCACAGCGGCGGCCUCCGCGGAUCUGCACGCGCUGGCGGCGCUGCCCGUGUCGCUGGUGGCGUGCCGUGCCGCCAGGGGGCUGCAGGCCAUGCUGAUGCGAGGGUUCACCACUGUGCGCGAUGCUGGGGGAUGCGACCAGGGCCUUGCUCGGGAGCUUCGGCGGGGAGCGCGGCAGAUCAAGGUGAUGGCGUCAGGCGACGUAUCGUCACCGUCGGAUCGUGUGGAGAGCGUGCAAUUCUCAGAAGGGGAGAUGCGGGCGGCAGUGGAGGAGGCGGAGGCGCAGGGGACUCACGUGAUGGCGCAUGCUUACACGGCUCGCGCCAUUAAAAGGGCGGUGGCGUGUGGUGUUCGGAGCAUUGAGCAUGGCAACAUGCUGGACGAGGAAGCAGCCAACCUCAUGCUGCAGAAAGGAAGCUUCCUAGUGCCCACGCUAGUGACGUACGAGAGGAUCAAGCAGGCAGGGCAGCAGAGCGGCAUGGACGCCAACAUCGUUGCCAAGGUGCGCUGUUAG